UUUCUGUUCGGAUGAGCCACUGCGACCUGUAUUUAGAUUUUUUGUGGCAAUACCCGUCUCCUUAGUAUUUGGUGCAUGUCGUACUGCUCCAUUGUCAUUGAGAGGCAAUGGAGCAUCGAUUUCUGUACAGAUCUUGUUUUGUUACCUCAGAGGUUCGAGAAAUCGAAUGUGAUGAAAAAGUACCGUUUUCACAGGGAAAUAAAUCCCAGCGAAAGUGCGCCCUUAACCACACAUAAUCGAUUCUAUUUCUGAGAAAAACAAAACGGUAGAACUGAUAUUUGUCCAUGCAUCGAAACUCUGGCUUCAUCCGUGUCUUGUUCCUAGUUUAGUCCCAGGACAACAUUGAAAAACCCGGGGCUUUAGGCUAGUUGCAAAACGCUGUCAAAUUAGAGAAUGCGUUCGGUAAUAAGAAUUCACGUGAGUCCUUGUAUCACCAGUACUUAUCAGUCCUUAGUAGGUUAUUACGCAAUUAGAUACGCAAAGCAUGUUUGUUUUCCUUGCAUCAAGUGUAGUCUUGGCGAGGACAAACCGAGUCUUUAACUAUCCGUAAGGCGAAAUAAAUGCAAUUUUAGAAACUGUCACUAGUAACAAGGGCUUUGUACCAUGAAUCCUUUUUACCAAAACGCAUUACCCUAGCUUAACAAGCUGGAUGUCACCAGGGUUCAGUUUGGUAGAUCUUACUCCGUAACGCAACCCAAAAGGGAGAUCUACCCACGUUACGGGCUCCGUUAAAGAUCGAGCAUGUUUUAAACCCCCUCAACCAUUCAUCCCUCAGCACGGGUCGCCUGACACCUUGGAUUGGGGUUCCCUGUUUGGUGGACUUUUACCCCCGGAACAGGGGGUCCGUAGUGCUAUUCUAAGCCGGCAACUACACGGGCAACUUCAACCGGUUACGUGAAUAUUAACGGAAAUUUACACGAUAGUAACGUAACUUUACAUGAUAUCUCAUGUAAAUAUGCACUAACUCUACCAUUCUCUUUAUGUGCAUGAUUUUUCGAUGAAUUUCACAAGUUUUUUUUUCUGUGUACAACUCAUGAGUAGCAGACGUCCGACAUUUUUCAAAACGAUGCAUUGUCUUUAUGCAAAUAUUGCGCGAAGACUUACGCAAUUUGUAAAAUUUUGGUAAAAAGGUAUUAAACUCAAAACAAUUUUAAUUGCCUCCAACAAUUAGCAAAUUACUGUCUCCACUCUUCGGUUUUUUGUCCCUUCCUAUAUCGCUUUCUUCGGUUGUGGUUUCUUAGGCGGGAAGUCACACCUUACUGCAAAGCUCAAACAUGCCCACUUUCUCUUGGAGUUACCAGCGGUUCAAGCAAACCCAACAUUCCGCCAGUUACUUUUUUACGUUGACACCGUUAAGACGCGGACUAGCGAUUAAAAACUUUUCUUCGGAAUUAUUUGUUACAGUAGUUAUAAGAUGCCCUCCGAAGUUGUGUCUAGUUUGAUGCUAAGUUUAUUGUGCUUCCAUCUAAUUGCAUUUUCUUGGCCACUGGCACUUGCUGAACGAGAACGAGAAGACCCAUCCACCAGGCAGAAUUGCCCGACCUGUGCAUGUGGUGGUGUGAAGUCAAACUCUCGCAUCAUUGGAGGCAAUCAAAGCGACAUAACUGCGUAUCCAUGGAUGGCAGCUCUCUACUACCAGGAACGGUUUACAUGUGGGGGAAGCCUGAUCAACGAUCGGUACAUUUUAACCGCAGCGCACUGUGUCGCCAGAUCGAAUGCCAAGCAUUUUGAGGUGUUUCUACGAAGAAUUAAUAUAAGCAGCACUAAUCCAGAAAUGCUCCAAAGACGGGUGGAAUCCAUCACUCUGAACCACUACCAGGGAGCCAGAAUCAACAACGAUGUGGCCCUGUUGCGUCUGACUGAACCCGUUCCAAUCGAGCCUAAUUUGGUGCCAAUUUGCCUGCCGGAGGGUUCGGAUAGCUAUGUGGGCCGAGAGGCAAUGCUGAUUGGCUGGGGAACGACGGCCGAUGGAAAUUUGUCCGAUACGUUGCAGGAGCUAACUGUGCCAAUUAUGUCCAAUGUGGAGUGCAAGCGUUCCGGGUAUUUCCGGUUCCAGAUUACCAAUCGCAUGCUGUGUGCCGGCUAUUUGGAAGGAGGGCGUGAUUCGUGUUAUGGCGACAGCGGUGGACCUUUGCAGCUGAUGAACCCGUCGACCGGUCGGCACGAGAUAGUGGGAGUAGUUUCGUGGGGCAAAGAGUGCGCUCAGCGAAACUAUCCCGGAGUAUACGCCCGGGUUACUAAGUUUGUAGGCUGGGUCAGAAGCAACAGCCGGGACGCGUGCUGGUGCCAGUAGGUAGUGUGACUAUCACAUUUCCCGUUUAGUACAGAUUGAACUGUUGUUACAGGAUAGCUAAGUAUAUACGACAUGAUAAAGUUGUGCUCUC